AUGUCCGAAAUGGUCCAGAUCCACUCUCUCACCAAUUUGGGAAUUGAAAGUUUGGCUGAUGAUCAGGUAAACAAUGGAUCACUGCAAAACAAUGAUGUGGAUGCUGCUACAGCAGCAGCUGCUGCUGCUGCACUAGGAGUUGCAAGACCUGAAUCAAACGAACUAAACACUCUAGCCAAUAUUCCAAUGGAGAACAUGGGUUCUCAUAACGGCAACACGCAAUCGGUAUUCAAACUCACUGUGGAAAAACCCAAUGGUGAUAUGUUUAAAUGUCAUAUCUGUAGUAAUCUCUUUACGAGAAAGCACAACCUAAAGGCACAUUUACUAACCCAUACUGAUCGGAAACCCUUCAAGUGUGAGGAAUGUAUGGCACAGUUUAGAAGACAUUAUGACUUGAAAAGGCAUGAAAAAAUACACACUCGAGAGAAACCGUUCUUCUGUACCAACUGCGGUAAACGUUUUGCCAGGGCAGAUGCUUUAUCGAGACACCAAAGCUCAAGCAAUGGGUGUUUUGGAAAUGCCGAAGACGAGGACGAUGCCAGUCAAGGAAAAAAUCAGCGUAAACUCAAAAGGAGGAAAAUAGCUAAAAAGUCGGAGAAAAGCUCCAUAAAUAGUGAAUCUACAUCUAGCACAAAUGCCUCCAGUGUUAGUGGGAGUAGUUGUAUGUCGACCAGUUCUGGUAGAGAUAAUAUGGAGGCUGCUACUGCUGCCAAUGAGGACGACGAGUCUAACUUUUUUGUUCAUCACCAACUAGUAUCAAGUACCAAAUUGAAGGACGCGGACGGUAUUAAUACAUCUAGCACGAUCAACACGAUUCCAACAAACCAACGGACUGAAUCAAGUUCAACUAAACCAAAUUCUGAAGGAAAUAUUGAGGAACGGGUGAUUAAUGAAGAUGGCAAUCAUGGUAGUGGUGCCGAUAGCGAUGGAAAUCAUAAUAAUAACAAUAACAACAAUAGUAAUAAUAGUACUAGUAAUAAUAAUAUUGAUGAUGAUGAUGAUGAGGCUGAGGAGGAUGAUGAUCGUGUUAAUGGUAUUGAUGGCUAUGAAAGAGGGAUAGAUUUCUCAAGCGCAACGGCUUUAUUAAAUGAAUUAAAAACUCAUAGUACGGUGGGUUCCGACGGAAAUAUAAGUAUACAGCUAUCGCAAGAAUCCUUCAAAUCUCUCAAGAAUAUAUUGGAAACCUUACAAGAGUUGGAUUCACGGGUGUCCCAAAUACAUGCAUUGACGGAUGCAAAGUGA